AUGGGAGCCGUGUCUUCAACGCCGCUCUGGAGUGGUGCGACGCCGCAGCAGGACACGGCGGAGUACCUAAUCGGAACGUUCAUAGGAGAGAAAUCGUUCCCUCUUGGCUCCGAUUACUGGCAGAAACUGCUCGAGCUUCCUUUUGAUGCCCAUUGGCCCUCUCAGCGUGUUCGCCAAGCUUGCGAACAGUUUGCACAGACCAAUUGUUACACAAGGCACCUUGCUAAGGUUUUAAUCCACUUGGCAUGGUGCUUGCAAGAGUGUGUUUCUGCAUCUGGUGCGCCAUCCUCAGCUUUAAAGAAGGCUCUUAAUGCAUUGUACGUCUCAUCUGUGUUCCUGAAAUAUUUAAUUGAAAAUACGAAAAGCGACCCAGUUGACGAGUUGUACUUGUCCCUAAAUGAGAGUGAGGCAAUACCGAAUAAUUUCUCAGGAGAUCAAAAUGUAGAAAAUCUUGUUAUGCAUAGUGUGCUGAGCUUCAUUGGCAAAGUAGACGUAAGUCUCGACACAUAUCUUUUACACCACGAACUGCUGAACUUCAUGCUCAUCGCCAUGUCUACUCAGCUUCUCUCUGGGCCAUCACUCGGACCAGACGAUGUUCACCCUUUCAUUGAUGCAGCAAUGGCUCAGGAAAGUUCUUUGGCUGGUUUGGUUGUUCGGAAACUGCUUGUUAGUUUCAUUACACAACCCCAUUUUUCGGUAUUAAGGGAAGCUUAUAACAUCUUUUCUGAAGGAAACCAGGCUGGUGUUCUGCAGAGGGUGGGUUCUGCAGCUGCAAGCUUUGUGCUAUCGCCCAUUAAUUUCUUUGUCAAUUCAAGUGGUGAAGCUUCAAUAAGUCCAUUGGCAGACAGCAGUCUUAAUAUUUUACUUAUACUCAUUCACUACCGGAAAUGUGUUGUGGUGGAAUCCGUGAAAGACAAAAUUGAUGACAUCGCCAGUUCAGAUUCUCUCCUGAAAGAAGAAACUUUGUUUUCCACAAACCCUUAUUGCAAGGCCUUAGAGAGUGUUCGGAAUGUUGAAUUUGAUCGUGUUGACAUUGAGGGGAAUGCGCACGGUGGUCCACUUGUGAGACUCCCUUUUGCUUCUCUCUUUGAUACUAUUGGCAUACACUUGGCUGAUGACACUGCCGUCCUUCUGCUUUACUCAUUGCUGCAUGGGAACUCAGACUUUCUGGAAUACGUUUUGGUGCGAACUGAUCUGGAUACAUUGAUGCUCCCCAACGUCCCAUGGUACCAAGAGCGCCGCCUUCAUCAAGUAUCUCUUGGUUCCCUCAUGGUUGUAAUUCUAAUAAGUACUGUGAAGUACAACCUGUCUAAGCUGCAGGAUGUUUAUCUCCAUACAAAUUGUCUUGCAAUUUUGACGAACAUGGCACCUCAUUUCCACCGUCUAAGUGCAUAUGCAUCACAGAGAUUGGUUAGCCUUUUCGAUAUGCUCUCCCGCAAGUACAACAGAUUAGCAGAUCAGAAAAAUAAUAAGAUGCAUAUAGGCAACAGUGAAUUGAGAGAAGAUGACAGCCUUUCAGGAGAUAUGUCAACGGAAUUGCAUAUUUAUACUGACUUCCUGAGAAUAGUUCUGGAAAUCUUGAAUGCAAUUCUAACAUAUGCCUUGCCGAGGAAUCCUGAGGUAGUUUAUGCAAUUAUGCACAGGCAGGACGUCUUUCAGCCUUUCAAGAACCAUCCACGCUUUGUUGAGCUGCUUGAAAACAUAUUUAAUGUCUUACAUUUUUUCAAUAGCCGCAUGGAUGCCCAUAAUACAGAUGGUGAAUGGUCAGCGGAGAAAGUACUCCAAAUCAUAAAUAUUAAUUGCCGAUCUUGGAGAGGUGAAGGGAUGAAGAUAGUCACUCAACUACACUUUACAUAUGAACAAGAGAGUCACCCUGAGGAGUUUUUCAUUCCGUAUGUGUGGCAGCUAGUUGUAACUCGCUGUGGUCUCAGUUUUUAUCCCAGAAGCAUAAAUUUGUUCCAAAUUGACCCGACUAUAGAAGAUGAUAAUUCAAGCGGUGAGGCCAAGCAGCAACAACAUGGUGAGUUGAAUGGGCAUAGACCUCAGUAGAGACAUUGGUAUAACGGAAUAUAACCGGAGUAAAAGACACAGGUGUUGAUGUGUAUAUACCCUUACACACGAAAAGCAUAAACCCAUUUAAGUCCUCUCAUUCUUUUUUGUUUAUAUUUCUGAAAUGGUUGCUGGGGUGUUUUCCUGUAGCUGGGUUUGAUAUAUCUCCAAUGUAAUGAAUAAGUGAGGAUGUUCAAACCAUGUUUUAUAAUAUGCUUACCCGAAUAUGU